AUGGCGCAGGCCACGGGCGCCACCGCGUGCAGCAACGUGAGCGAGGUGGGCGGCAGCAGCACGCGGAUCAGCGUGGAGUGGACGUCCAUUGACGUGGACACGGCAGGCGACGGCAUGUGCAAGAGCGUCUCCUUUCAUGCCGACCCCGGCUGUGCCGACAAGCCCGUGUGGUUUCGUCUGCUGUGCCUCUACCAUUCCCGUGUGGUUUCGUCUGCUGUGCCUCUACCAUUCUCGUGUGGUUUCGUCUGCUGUGCCUCUACCAUUCCCGUGUGGUUUCGUCUGCUGUGCCUCUACCAUUCCCGUGUGGUUUCGUCUGCUGUGCCUCUACCAUUCCCGUGUGGUUUCGUCUGCUGUGCCUCUACCAUUCCCGUGUGGUUUCGUCUGCUGUGCCUCUACCAUUCCCGUGUGGUUUCGUCUGCUGUGCCUCUACCAUUCCCGUGUGGUUUCGUCUGCUGUGCCUCUACCAUUCCCGUGUGGUUUCGUCUGCUGUGCCUCUACCAUUCCCGUGUGGUUUCGUCUGCUGUGCCUCUACCAUUCCCGUGUGGUUUCGUCUGCUGUGCCUCUACCAUUCCCGUGUGGUUUCGUCUGCUGUGCCUCUACCAUUCCCGUGUGGUUUCGUCUGCUGUGCCUCUACCAUUCCCGUGUGGUUUCGUCUGCUGUGCCUCUACCAUUCUCGUGUGGUUUCGUCUGCUGUGCCUCUACCAUUCCCGUGUGGUUUCGUCUGCUGUGCCUCUACCAUUCCCGUGUGGUUUCGUCUGCUGUGCCUCUACCAUUCCCGUGUGGUUUCGUCUGCUGUGCCUCUACCAUUCCCGUGUGGUUUCGUCUGCUGUGCCUCUACCAUUCCCGUGUGGUUUCGUCUGCUGUGCCUCUACCAUUCCCGUGUGGUUUCGUCUGCUGUGCCUCUACCAUUCCCGUGUGGUUUCGUCUGCUGUGCCUCUACCAUUCCCGUGUGGUUUCGUCUGCUGUGCCUCUACCAUUCCCGUGUGGUUUCGUCUGCUGUGCCUCUACCAUUCCCGUGUGGUUUCGUCUGCUGUGCCUCUACCAUUCCCGUGUGGUUUCGUCUGCUGUGCCUCUACCAUUCCCGUGUGGUUUCGUCUGCUGUGCCUCUACCAUUCCCGUGUGGUUUCGUCUGCUGUGCCUCUACCAUUCCCGUGUGGUUUCGUCUGCUGUGCCUCUACCAUUCCCAUGUGGUUUCGUCUGCUGUGCCUCUACCAUUCCCGUGUGGUCGCCACAACCACGUGUCACAAGGACUGCGGCAGUGCAGAGUGCGUGGUGAGGGGCGGCGUGUCUGAGUGCAAGUGCCCCUGGAGCCAGGUUUUUUAUGAGGCUCUCAAGCGCUGCACCAGCAAGUCGCCCACCACGGACCCAGACCCCAGUGGAGGCGCGGACCCGUGUGAGGCAGUGAAGUGCGCGAGGAACUCACAGUGCGUGGUGAGGAAGGGACAGCCCGCGUGCGAGUGUGAUGCCGGCUACACCAAGACCAGCAAGGGCCUCUGCACUGCCAUGUGCAAGCCGGGCUGCCCUGCCAAUGGUCAGUGCAUGGUGCUGGGAGGGAAGCCCCUGUGUCGCUGCAAGGCGGGCUUCCGACAGUACGAGAACGAAUGCAUUCCGGUGUGCAAGCCGCUCUGCGGGGGCAAUGCGCAGUGCGUGGCGGUCAAUGGCAAGCCGGCGUGUCAGUGCAUCACGGGCUUCCAGAUGACCGGCAACAAGUGCACACCCGUGUGCAAGCCUAGCUGCACGGCCAAUGCGCAGUGCGUGGCGGUGAAAGGGACGCCAAUGUGUCAGUGCAACACGGGGUUCAAGAUGAUUGGCAACAAAUGCACACCCGUGUGCAGGCCUGCCUGCGGUGCCAAUGCCCAGUGCAUGGCAGUGAGAGGGAAGCCAGCGUGCCAGUGCAAUGCGGGGUUCCAGCUGGUCAACAGCAAGUGCACAC